CUCCCUCUGCCCCUUUCUACGCACAAAACAAGUCAGAGCGCACACUGCCGGAGAAAAGAGAAGACAAUAGACCGUACUUUUGGUCAUCAUGGUAUUUGGAUUUUUACCAUAAGCAUCAUGCACGCCGUACUAUAAGGUGCAGGUGGACAAUCUUUAAUGUGUUCGUUAAUACAAGCUGAAAGUUUCACCAGCUUUUAAUGUUGCCAACCGAGAUUUCAGGAGGAGUGUGUUUCACCUCAAGCGAUCACACAGAGGGAAGGAGAGAAGGGAUGAAAACAGAGGAGAACCAGCAGUCCUGUCUGCAGCAGCCUCCAUCCUCCACGCCUUUUGGUCCAGAUUACAGAGGAGGGGGAGAGGUCUGUGCCGGCUGCGAAUCUCCCAUCGCCGAUCGCUUCCUGCUGCGCGUGAACGAGCGUAGCUGGCACGAGACAUGCGUCAAGUGUGCCGUGUGUUUGAGCGCGCUCACUGGGACCUGUUACUGCAGAGACCGCCUGUUGUACUGCAAGCACGACUAUGAAAAGCUCUUUGUGAGAAAGUGUAGUGCCUGCCUGCAGGUCAUUGGGCGUUCUGAACUGAUAAUGCGAGUGCUAGGCCAGGUGUACCACCUGGGCUGCUUCAGCUGCUGUGAGUGUGAACGCCGGCUGCAGAGAGGUGAUGAGUUUGUGUUGAAAGAAGGCCAGCUGCUCUGCCGCAUGGAUUAUGAAAAGGAGAGGGAAAUGCUGGCUGCUAUUAGUCCCACACCAACUGAAUCAGUCAAAAGUGAGGAUGAAGAUGGUGGAGGAGGCUCAAGUGGUGGAAAAGGUGGUGACGAAGGCAAGGAGCACAAGCGUUCAAAACGACCACGCACCAUCUUGACCACGCAACAGCGGCGAGCUUUUAAGGCCUCCUUUGAAGUGUCAGCUAAGCCAUGCAGGAAGGUGAGGGAGACGCUGGCUGCUGAGACUGGACUGACAGUUCGUGUUGUGCAGGUCUGGUUUCAAAACCAGAGAGCCAAGAUGAAAAAGAUUGCUCGCCGACAGCAGCAACAGCAGCAGCAGCAGCAAGAACAAGAGCAACUAGGAGGGACGAGAAGAGGAUCGAGCAGAGGGGGCCGCCAAAGUAAUGAUGACAGUGAAGAUGGAUCUAGUACCCAUGGCAUGGAUGGGAUGCUGGGAUAUCCAUCACUGCCACGUCAACAGUUACUUGCUCUGGACCCCAACAUCUAUGGUGGAGAGCCAUUUCGACACGGGCUUACCCCACCUCAGCUGAACAGUGAGCAACUCCAUUCCUAUGAUUCAGAGACAGUCUUCCACGAUUUGGACAGUGAUGGAAGCCUUGGUCACCUUGGUGAUUGUCUCUUAGCAACAGGGGAAGGUCUCCUGACAGGACGAGUGGGAAACCCUAUUGACCGUCUCUACUCCAUGCAAAACUCCUACUUCACCUCCUGACCUUUAUAAACGGUCACACUUUUCCCUCCUGUUCCACCUUUCACCUCAGAGAUGCAGCUAAUGGAAUCUGUCCAUCACCACACCUGUGGGACCGUCCUCCGUUAAACAGGCUAGACCCAAUCACUUCUGAGCUAUUAUCACAAGCUAACAUCAUUGUAAGUCAGACAUAGUCAUAUUUAGCACAAUAUUCUCACAUUGUUCUGUCAUAAGAAUCACAUGCUGGAAGUAAAUGUCCAAAAUGAUGGACCUCAACUUCUUCUGUUGUAUUUAUGUCAUAUUCAGUUGAUAUGUUUCAUGGCACUUUCCAUCUGAAGAAAAAAAUGAUGACACAUAUACCUAUCAAUAUGUAUAUCUUGAAUUACAAAUAAGUGAUAGGGAAAGAGAAUUCGUCAAUCAAUUUAGGAGGCUUGGCAAGUUUUUCUGUGCAGGUGAAGGUCUAAAUUAUAUUAGUAUAAUACAUAACUUCCUCUGUUUUGCCAGGACUUGUUUUACUUAUUGGGUAUGAAUGAUUGCAGUAUAAACAAUACUGUAUGUGGACCAUUUUGCUCUCAGGAUAGUGUGUGUGUUUAUGUACCCUGAGUCUCAGCUCAGGAUAUUGUGGUGGAUAGGAUGACAGUUUAACCGUAUCUUUGACUUCAAGAAAGUUUGCAAAGCAGAGGAAUCUCUCCAUGUACACUUAUUUCAAAAUACAUCAUUAGUUUUUGAUAAUGCAUGACAGCUAUAAUGUGGACCAAAAAUGUUUUUUUUAAGCAUUUAGUAUAUAGACGACAGCACAGGGUCAUUUUAAGAGCCUUAUGUGGAAACAGGGUUGUAUAAAUGAUAAUUGCUUUAGCUUUCCCUUUUUGUUUUAUAAUGUAAUCAGUAACAAACAGUGCAGCAAAUUACAACCAAAAGAUCUACAAGGCCCAAAAUUUAGGAAACGAGGUACAUCAUUAUGUACUCCAAAUGUAAAUGUUAGUAUGACUGUGCUACAAUUAAUUGUUGUAAUCACUUUCUGUAAUAAUUUUCUUCUCAGAAAAAAAAAAUCAUAUUAGAUACUGUGGGUAGAUAUUUUGUACCUUCUGUGAUAAUCAGUAAAUAUUUAAACUCUAGCAUGAUAUUAUUAUACCACAAAGUAGGUCUAAGGAACUAGCCUCCAAAUCUAAGCUGGACUGUAAAUGUUUCUGAAAGCAUCUGAGUAGACUCAUGUGGUGCAAGAUGAAAUAGGAUUAGGGUAAUACUUGUUUUAUUUAGAUGCUAGUGAUUGGCUAAAACCUGUGAUAUUCUUUUAUGACAUUCUGACUCUACUGAAUCAUGAUGUUUUUAAAGUGAUAUUAUUGUGAAUGUAACUUAUUUGUGCAGUAUUAGAUGAGUUCUUUUAACUUUUUUGUUCAGUGACUGCAAGGUGGUGUGUAUUGAAUGUAAUGUCGCUGUAUCUUCAAUACAAUCUGCGGCUUUAUCUUUGAAGGACUAUUGUCUUAUUUUUCAAAUACAAUAAAAUGAUACUUUGACUCAUAUGGCAUUAAUUACUGAUACACAUACAAAUUAAAGGACUCUGUUUCACCUUAUUUAUGCCCCAAAAAGCUUUAAUAACUGAACCAGGAAAAGUCUGUUCUGCUCAGUGGUCACAGUGUUCAUAACUCAAACAUCCUCCCUCAGUUUCUCUCAGUAGUUCUGCUGAUUAGAGGUGGACAGUCACCUCCUUCUCCCUUUCUUCCCAGACUCCCUAUUUCUCAGUCAUUGUAGUCAAAAGAGCCUG